GCACACGACCGGUCCGGUCCUUCCUCCAGAGAGACUAAGAGCAUCCGAACGUCAGCCAGCGACCUUUCUCGGGAGACCUCGGAAGCCGCUUCUCGUCUGCAGUCCUAGGAAAGAGCAAGGGAAGAGGUCCUACAGCGAUCAUGUCUGCUCCCAAGGGAACGGCCAUCGGCAUUGACCUGGGCACCACCUACUCCUGUGUGGGCGUCUUCCAGCACGGCAAGGUGGAGAUCAUCGCCAACGACCAGGGCAACCGGACCACCCCCAGCUACGUGGCCUUUACGGACACCGAGAGGCUGAUCGGGGACGCCGCGAAAAACCAGGUGGCCAUGAACCCGCAGAAUACGGUGUUUGACGCCAAGCGGCUGAUCGGGCGCAAGUUCUCCGACGAGGUGGUGCAGUCCGAUAUGAAGCACUGGCCCUUCCAGGUGGUGAGUGAGGCCGGGAAGCCCAAGGUGCGGGUGUCCUACAAGGGGGAGAGCAAGUCCUUCUGCCCCGAGGAGAUCUCCUCCAUGGUGCUGAGCAAGAUGAAGGAGACUGCCGAGGCCUACCUGGGCCACCCGGUCAGCAACGCGGUCAUCACGGUGCCAGCGUACUUCAACGACUCCCAGCGCCAGGCCACCAAGGAUGCCGGGGCCAUAGCCGGCCUCAACGUGCUGAGGAUCAUCAAUGAGCCCACGGCGGCAGCCAUCGCCUACGGGCUGGACAGGGCGGGCGCAGGAGAAAGAAACGUGCUCAUCUUCGACCUGGGUGGGGGCACCUUUGAUGUGUCCGUCCUCACCAUCGACAACGGCAUCUUCGAGGUGAAAGCCACAGCCGGGGACACCCACCUGGGCGGAGAGGACUUUGACAAUCGCCUGGUGAACCACUUCGUGGAAGAGUUUAAGCGCAAAUACAGGAAGGAUCUGAGCCAGAACAAGCGCGCCCUGAGGAGGUUGCGCACAGCUUGCGAAAGGGCCAAGCGCACCCUGUCCUCCAGCACCCAGGCUAACCUGGAGAUCGAUUCCUUGUACGAGGGCACGGACUUUUACACCACGAUCACCCGGGCUCGCUUCGAGGAGCUGUGCUCAGACCUCUUCAGGGGGACCCUGGGGCCGGUGGAGAAGGCCCUUCGGGAUGCCAGGAUGGACAAGAGCCAGAUCCAGGACAUCGUGUUGGUCGGGGGCUCCACCCGCAUCCCUAAGGUGCAGAAGCUGCUCCAGGACUUCUUCAAUGGCAAGGAGCUGAACAAGAGCAUCAACCCCGAUGAAGCCGUGGCUUACGGGGCGGCCGUGCAGGCAGCCGUGUUGAUGGGAGAUAAGUCGGAAAAGGUACAGGAUCUCCUGCUCCUCGACGUGACCCCGCUAUCCCUGGGUCUCGAGACGGCGGGAGGGGUGAUGACAACGCUGAUCCAGAGGAACUCCACCAUCCCCAGCAAGCAGACGCAGACCUUCACCACCUACUCGGACAACCAGCCGGGAGUCCUGAUCCAGGUGUACGAAGGGGAGCGAGCCAUGACCCGGGACAACAACCUGCUGGGUCGCUUUGAGCUGUCGGGCAUCCCUCCCGCGCCUCGUGGGGUCCCCCAGGUCGAGGUCACCUUCGACAUCGACGCCAAUGGCAUCUUGAGCGUCUCAGCCACGGACAAAAGCACGGGCAAGGCCAACAAGAUCACCAUCACCAACGACAAGGGCCGGCUGAGCAAGGAGCAGGUGGAGAGGAUGGUGCAGGAGGCGGAGAAGUACAAGGCCGAAGAUGAGGCUCAGCGGGAAAGGGUGACUGCCAAGAACUCGCUGGAGUCUUAUGCCUUCCAGGUCAAGAGUAGCAUGCAAGAGGCCGGCCUUCGCGACAAGGUCCCGGAGGAAGACAAGAGGAAGGUUCUGGACAAGUGCGAGCAAGUGCUUUCCUGGUUGGAAGCCAACCAGCUGGCCGACAAGGAGGAGUUUGAGCACCAGAAGAAGGAACUGGAGAGGCUGUGUCAGCCCAUCAUUGCCCGGCUCUACCAGGCCCCUGGUUCUCAGGGAGGGAACAGCUGUGGGGCUCAGGCCCGCCGUUCCCAUGCCACCUCUGGACCCACCAUCGAAGAGGUGGAUUAGAUGAGGGACUUUGGUUCUCAAGGAAAUUGUGAGCUAAUGAACAACAGGUGCACGUGCUGCUCGAGUCUCCAGAACAAGCCCCAGGAUUCUGUUCUUUUCCUGACUGCUAUUGCUGGAGAGCUUUGUUCUGAGCAGCUGCACUUCCUGGGGAUCGGUGACUUUUUCUUCCAAGUCUUCCCUUCUCAACAGGGGAAACAAAAGAUUGUUUAUUUCAGUCUAUGUCUAUCUGCUGUUAACAUGUAUCUUUUCUUAUUUAUCUGUUUUCAAUAAUUUAUGAGAAAAUUUUUUGUAUUAUUCAUUUAGAAUAUUUCAAUAAACUAUGAAAAGUAAUUACUA